GGCUUGAGGUUGAAGCCGCAAAGAGAUAUGCCUCCAUCUCCGACACUUGUCGACCAUGUCAUCCUCAUACCGUCGCUCAUCCCAUCCAUUCCACGGCCCCGCACGCAACCAUAAAACCCCACCCCCUCCAUCCCCACCAAACUCCCCCCCCGUCCUCCUCCUCCUCGGCCACGGCCGCCACCAUUUCUAAGUUCCUCAAGAACAAACACAGAAGCUCCACUUCAAAUCUCUCCUCCCAACCCCAAAAACCAGACCAGCAUCAUUCGACAGGGGACAAGGCAGAAAAGGGCGUGUCUCCCCGAGCUAUGAGAGUUCCUGUCGCUUCCCAACCGCAAAACAACGCCGCCGCCGUUGCCCAAUCCCUCAAGCCCAUCUCCACCGCCGCUCCUCCGCCCCUCUGCUACGAGCCCACCUCCGUCCUCGACCUCCGCAGCCCCGUGUCUGACAAGCACCCCGAGGUCUCCUCCCUGCCGGGGGGCGGAGGCGGAGGCGGCGGCGGCGACGCCGAGGAUGGCUCUGCCGCCCUCCAGUGGGACAUGCUCCAGACCCUGGACUGGGACUCCAUCAUGAAGGACUUGGGCCUCCAUGACGAUUCCGUCCCACCCUUCAAGCUCAAUCCCCACGUCUGCCCCUCCGACGCCUUCCCGCCUCCGCCUCCUCUCCAACACCAUCACCAACACCAACACCAACACCAACACCACCUCCACCUCGAGCAGCCGGGUCACUUCCUCCCCCACGAUUUCGCCCUCUCCGACGCCUACCCGAACCCGCUCGACUCGUGCGCUGACUCCCCCGCCGGAUGGAACGGCCUCGGGCCCGAUUUCUUCGACGAGCUGAUCCAAGCCGCCGAUUGCUUCGACUCGAGCGAGCUCCAGCUGGCGCAGAUGAUAUUGGCGCGGCUCAAUCAGCGGCUCCGUUCUCCUGCUGGCAAGCCCCUCCAGCGAGCUGCCUUCUACUUCAAGGAAGCGUUCCAGUCGCUGCUUCUCCUCCAAUCUGGCUCGAACCGGGCUCCGGCUCGGCUCUCCUCUUGGCCGGACAUCGUCCAGACGAUCCGAGCCUACAAGGCCUUUUCCGGCAACUCUCCGAUCUCCAUGUUUACGCACUUCACUGCGAUACAGGCCCUCUACGAGUCGCUCGACGGCUCGAUGCUCUUCCACGUCGUCGACUUCGACAUCGGCUUCGGAGGCCAGUACGCCUCGUUUAUGAAGGAGAUCGCGGACCGAGCCGACUCGUGCAAGCUCCAGCCGCCGAUCGUGAGGAUCACCGCCGUCGUGCCGGAGGAGUUCGCGAUCGAGACGAAGCUUAUCAGGGACAACCUCUCGCAGUAUGCGCACGAGCUCAAGCUCCGGUUCGACGUCGAGUUCGUCCUCUUCCGCGCCUUCGAGAUGCUCUCCUUCAAGUCGAUCAGGUUUGUGGAAGGGGAGAGCCUCGCGGUCCACCUGUCGCCGGCCAUCCUGCACCGCCUCGGGUCGGCGAGAAACGUCGCCAGUUUCCUCGGCGACGUUCGGCGGCUGAACCCCAGCAUCGUCGUGUUCGUCGACACCGAGCCGUGGGCGGACGCCGCCGGCCCGGCGUCGUUCAAGAGGAGCUUCCUCGGCUGCUUCGAGCACUACGCGACGAUGUUCGAGUCGGUGGAAGCGGCGACCGGCGGCGGGGACUGGGCGAGGAAGAUCGAGGCGUACCUGCUGCGGCCGAGGAUAGCGGCGGCGGUGGAGGCGGCGGCGAGGAGGGCGGCGCCGCCGUGGAGGGAGGCGUUCCACGGGGCGGGGAUGAGGCCGGUGAGGCUGAGCCAGUUCGCGGACUACCAGGCGGAGUGCCUGCUGGGGAAGGUGCAGGUGAGGGGGUUCCACGUGGCGAAGCGGCAGGCCGAGCUGGUGCUGUUCUGGCACGACAGGGCCCUCGUCGCCACGUCAGCGUGGAGGUUUUAGUUCCGCUGCGUAGGAGCGGGCGCGGGCGUGUGGGGGAGAAGAUACGUGCGGGUCCUCGAGGGUUCCGUUAAUUGCAGAAUAGUCCCCGUUGACCCGAUUUUUCUUUUUCUUCUCUUUGUGGUGUUCGGUAGUUUGGUGUCUUUAUUGGGGUGUGAUUUGGGCGUCUCUCCCUUGUCUUUCCUAGUUAAAGCUCUCUACUUGCAUAUAUAAUCCAAACACAAACAUGUUUGGGCAGUAAAACCUCUAAUUAUUGGGUAUUAUACGUCACAGAUUUUCGUC